AUGUCUGCCGUACACGACCAACGAGCACUCAUCCAGAAUUCAGGCAAGAUGCUCAUCCUCGAUAAGCUUCUGUCGAGCAUGAAGGAGAAAGGCUCAUGCGUGCUCAUAUGGCUGAAGACGAGCAGGGUGUUGGAUAUAUUGGAGGACUAUUGUUUGUUUAGGCAGUACGAAUACUGCCGCAUAAACGGAAGCACCGCGCACGAAGACCGUAUUUCUGCCAUUGACGACUACAACAAGCCGGGCAGCGAGAAGUUCACCUUCCCGCUUACGACGCGGGCAGGUGGGCUGGGCAUCAACUUGACGACGGCCAAUAUCAAGUUGAGGCAGGACCAGCUGGUCAUUCAGCAGGGCCAGACGCAGCAGGCGAAAACGGUGGCGAAGAAGGACGAACUGUUGGAGAUGAAUUGGCAUGGGCCGGAGAAUGUUAUUAGUUCGACAGAGGAGUACAUAUUUUUUCCUUUGUGA